AUGGUGGACGAAUCGCUAUACCUUACCACUCAUGAAGCUGCACUUGCGGUGGUGGCUACUGCCAUGAAGAAGGCCCGGCAGCUGAUGCUGACGCUAGCGGUCAAUUCUCUAAUGGGCGGUAUUUUCUUCUCUUCAGGUGGAAUGCUACAUGUCAUGCUACAGGCAGAGCUAACGGGGUUGUCUUCCGUAGACCCUGGUAUUCUAUUCCUACUACAGGGUCUAGUGUAUCCGAUCGGACUCUUCUAUGUGGUGUUGAUGGGUGUGGACUUGUUUAAUUCCAAUAUUUUGUUCUUCACUGUGGGUGUGGUGAGGGGGGCUGUCUCUAUUCUUGACCUCGUGAUCUCAUGGAUGGUCUCGUGGUGGCUCAACUUGGUAGGAAAUAUCUUUGUGUGCUACAUCAUCUGCCACUACUCUGGUGUGACCAGUACCGAGGCAUGGGUCGCUGGAUCGAUCUCCAUCUUGGAACGUAAGCUCGAGCUGUCCUUCGUGGAGACCCUCAUCAAGGGUAUGGCUGGAAACUUCUACGUGUGCCUUGCUAUAUACUUGCAAUUGAUGGCCAAGCCAAUUCAUGUCAAGAUGAUUGCCAUGACCCUUCCAAUCUUCACCUUCGUCAGUUUGGGGUUCACUCAUUCUGUGGCUGAUAUGUUCAUGAUCAUCAUUGGUCUCAUCAAUGGCGCUCCGGUAUCUGUUGGUACCUGUGCUUGGAAGCUCUUUCUUCCCGGUGCCCUCGGUAACAUGAUUGGGGGCUCUUUUUUUGCACUUGUGGUGCCUUGGUAUUUGCAUCUUGUCGUUGUAGAGCGCGACCAGAAGAAAUUGAACUUGCCUCGCUACGAGAUGCGUGAUGAACAACCCGAGUUGAAUCAAGACUCGAGAGUGGUGCGUGUGCCCGAACAGGAUCAAGAACUCGAAGAUAUUGACGACAUUCUCAGUGACGAGAACGAAAAAUUGCUUCGCGAUAAUGCUCAGAUGAGACCCAUCUCUCAUGUCACAACCUCGGCAAGUAUGAGAAGUGGAGCCAGUGUUCGCAGCAGAAUGAGGAAAACCAAAUCACCCGGAAACGUAUUUCCCGUUUAUGGCAUGGGCGAGUCCGGUGCUCGUGAGCGGGCUGUCGCUUAUGGUGUCGAAGCUGGCGAAGAUGAUGCUUUAGGUCCUAUCGAUGGUCCGCCAAACCAUCGCAGAGCCUCAUUUAUUGGUAGCAGGCUCUGGAGAACGCUCAGUCGCAAAUCCGAGAACCCAGAUCUAGAAGCUCAAGAGGAUAGUGCCCAAGCGAAUGAAACAGCAUCUAUCAAUCUUGGAUCCAUGUCCCAGAAGCUUAGGUCGUAUUCAUUGGGCAAGAUAAGGCGCGCUAAUACAACCUUUGGACCUUCAGAAAUUGCUCCAGAUGCUGUGUCCGGUCAGAGGAAUUUUGACCAGAGUGAAUCAUCUAUUCCAAACACUCUUCUGAGUAACCUGACUGCGGCUGCCAUCAUGCUGAAAGGGACCGAUAUUCAGCCCUAUGAGCCAGAAAAGAGAGAUUAA